AUGAGCUCGACUCCGAUCCGGCAGCCCCGCGGCCCGCCGUCCUCGGCCUUCCCCCCCGGCGCUGCACCGCCCCCUGCGCCGUCUUCCUCGUCGUCCUCGUCGACAGCAGUCAGCGCCGGCCCGCCAGCCCCGGACGCAGAGUCGCUCCUCCGCCGCAACAAGACGCUCGCGAACCCGCGCUCCGGCAACACGCCGCAGCAGCCGGCGUUCACGCCCUCGCCCGCCGACCAGCGCCGCUCCGUCGCAGUCUUCUCGCCCGCCGCGGCGGCCGCGCUCGCCGCUGCACCCCCCGCUGCGCCGGCCAACAACAGCAACGACCCGCGCUACCGCUCCGGCUCGUUCUCGGGCCUCGCGGGCAGCGCUGUCCCCCCAGUGGUCCAGAUGCAGAUCAGCCAGGUCGACGCCGGCCUCGUCCGCCGCCGCUCCGGCCGCGAGUUUGCACAGCAUACCCGUACCGAGGAGACUCUGCUCGAGACUGAGCUCGCCGAGGAGUACGACAGCACCGCGACGGAGCGCGGGACGUGGGGAAAGGCAAAGGGACUGAGCCGCCAGAGCUCGCUCCCAUCACGACGGCUCAUGAACGGCGGAGGCGUCAACCCUGGGCUGUUCACACCAAGCGACGCGCCCGCCAUGCCAGCUACCAAUGCCCAGUCGGGCGCUGGCAGCAUGCAGCCGCCACCGGCGCCACCUCCUCGCCCUCCCCGCCGCGUCUACCACCCCAGCAUUGAUCAGUCGCCAGUAUCUCCCAAUUCGGCAGCCCAGCAGCUUCAACUGCAGCAACAGGGCGGCCACUCGCGCAGCCACUCGCACACAAACUCGCUCUCGUCCCUCAACAUGGACUAUGGCCAGCCCUUGUCUGCCACCUCGCCCAUUGCGCCAAGCAGCGCCGGCCACAGUAACGCUGCGACGGCCGGCGGCGCUGGUGUCUCCCGCACCCAGAGCCUCCGUGCCCAGGCGCAGGCGUCCAACAACUCGAUUGACAUUUCAAACCUAGGCCGAAGCGCCAGUAUGAGAGCCCCCGGAGAGCUCUCGUGGACCCGAAUCGGACAGGGACACACGUCGCCGCCGCCCCACCCAUUCAGCGCUGCGACGCCGCCACGCCCCGGCCAGUCCAACCUUCCUCCGUUCCAGUUCCCGCCAGUCGACGACUCGGACCUUAUCGAGCCCACCGACCUCAAGCGCCACCAGUCUCUCACCCAGGGCUAUGGCUCGUCGAGCCGUGUCCGUGAGCGUCUCGAGCGAUCCCAGGCGCUCCUCAGCCUCGAGCAGCGCGAGGACCUCCGUCGCCACCUUGCAGCGUCGCCCCAAGGUACCGGCUCCCAGAGACAUUCGCGCCAGCUCUCGGAGCUCGGCAUCGAGGACUCGCCCACAAACCCCAUUCAGCGCAGCGUCUGGACGCCUGGCGUCACUGGCGCUGGUGCCGGCGACGGCUGGUCCCACAGUGCCGCCCUCCAGCUCCAGGAGGCUCUUGACGCCCUCACCCUCAACGGUCGUGACCCUGCGGUGGGCACGCCCGCUGCCCACCCUGGCGACGAGCCGGCGUGGGUUACCAACCUCGUCGGCAUGCCCGGCCAGCCGUCACCCCAGCCGCCCUCGAGGGGCAACUUUGGCUGGGACGACAGAGAUCCGGCCGCACUCCGUGCCGCUGCGGCGGCCUACGGCGGAGCUCCCCUGCCCGGGUGGGCCGGUGCACCCCAUCUCCAGCAGCCAGGCAACCUCUUCCAACAGCAGCAGCUGUACGCUCAGGCUCAGGCCCAGCUCAAGCUCGCCGCCGCUGGCAUUGGAGCCGGCGGCAUCCCCGGCCUGCCACCUAUGCCCCAUCUUCACCCUGGUGGUUACCCCGUCGGAGGCCAAGGCUACCUGGGCCCCGCCUUCACGCCCCAGUACCCCACUCCUCCUGGCACGGCCAUGGGUGGCGGUCCCGGUGGUGGUGGUGGUGGAGGCGGCGGUGGUGGCGGUGGACCCAACCACCCGCUCAGUGCGCAGGAUCUCGAUGUUAUCGAACUUGCCCGAAGCAAGGGCCUCAACCCCGCCACCUUCGACACACACCCCCAGUUUGCCCGUUUCUUCGUCAUCAAGUCUUAUACUGAGGACGAUGUCCAAAAGUCGCUCAAGCACGAGAUCUGGUCGUCUACCGUGCUGGGUAACAAGCGUCUCGACACGGCGUUCCGCGAGAGCAACGAGCGUGGUCCCAUCUACCUCUUCUUCUCUGUCAACGGAUCCAGACACUUUUGUGGUGUUGCUGAAAUGCUCACGCCCGUCGACGAGACGCAAUCGUCGACCGUCUGGGCUCAGGACAAGUGGAAGGGCAUCUUCAAGGUCCGCUGGAUCUUUGUCCGCGAUGUACCAACAGCCGCCCUUCGCCACAUUCGCCUAACCAACACUCCUGAGCGCAAGCCCAUCACAAACUCGCGCGACACGCAGGAGCUGCCGUACGAGGCCGGUUGCGAGGUCCUGCAGAUCUUCCUCGACCACCAGCACAAGUCCAAGACGAGUCUCCUCCAGGACUUUGCCUACUACGAGAGACUCAGCGCCAACCGUGGUCCCGGCGGCGCAACGAGCCCGACGCCGCCCGUCGGUCACUCGGGCCAGGCUACGCCGCACGUCUAUGGCGGCAACGCCCAGCAGGUUCCCGUCCAGCCGGCCGGUAACCGUAUCUAGGGCGCACAACGCACGCGUCGAUCACACGCGCGACACGAUCAUUAAUAUUUGAGAGAGCAGCAGCAAAACGCAUUUUUCUUCCCAGGCGGACGGUCGGCGGUCACACUGGCACGAGAUGAUGAUGAUGAUGGUGGCUGGUCCCUUUACAUCAAAACAUCCACGACAUGACAGUCACGAGGAAGGCAGAGUGAUACAUACCGGAGUGAUAUCUGUGAGGCGUGUACAGUGCUAUGCAUAUUCUACCAACG